AUGCAUAUCUUGAAUCGCAGCUCGGCUGUACUAGACCUCUACCUGGUGGUGGUGGUGGUGGUAGUGGUGGUGGUGGUGGUGGUGGUGGUGGUAGCGACGGCCGCUCAGGCGGCCGUCUCGCACAUCACCAACCCCGACACAACAACUGACACCACCCCCACCCCCGUCGACUCCAACGAUGAGGAUCAGGACUACAUCUGUCCUCACUGCGACCGCACCUUCACCUCACACAUCGGCCUGGUCGGUCACUUGUGAGUCCAUCGCACAGAGGCUGGCGAACCAGUGCCUGGAGCACCAAUCUACACCCACCGCACUCGCCUGCACUGCCCACACUGUCCUCGCACCUUCACGCAUCGCAUGGGUCAAUUCGGCCACAUGCGCAUUCACGAGGGCGGAAUUGACCGCAAUACCGACUCAUCGAUCAUGCCAAACCCCACCCUCACAUCACCACCCUGCGCCCCCACCGCCUCCUCUGUAGCUGACACUGACACCGCCGACUACUCAUGCCCACACUGUUCACGCACAUUCACCUCUCGCAUCGGCCUGGUCGGUCACUUUCGAAUCCAUCGCACAGAGACUGGCGAACCAGUGCCUGGAGCACCCACCUAUAGCCACCACAUUCGACUCAGCUGUCCACGCUGCCCUCGCACUUUCAGGCAUCGCAUGGGCCUAUUUGGUCACAUGCGCAUACACGAGAGCGGAAUCGACCGCAAUUCUGACACCCACCACAUCCAGCACACCCACCAUGCCCAGCCCCACCCUCGCUCUAUCCGCCUGCGCCAACACCACCACCACCGCCUCCUCUGUAGCUGACACUGACACCGCCGACUACUCAUGCCCACACUGUUCACGCACAUUCACCUCACGCAUCGGCCUGGUCGGUCACUUGCGAAUCCAUCGCACAGAGACUGGCGAACCAGUGCCUGGAGCACCCACCUAUACCCACCAAGCUCGUCUCAACUGCCCACACUGCCCUCGCACUUUCAGGCAUCGCAUGGGCCUAUUCGGCCACAUGCGCAUCCACGAAGACCUGCGGUAG